AUGGAAAAACGAGUAAUUUUAUCUCCUAAAAAUUCUGACUGUCCUGCAAUAAAUGAAAACGUUCUAAAUAUUAUACCAGAUGUACUUAAAAUGUACUUAAGCACAGAUUCAGUGUCCUGCAAUAAUGAAGAGGAGGUUCAGAACUAUCCAUUUGAAUUCAUAAACUCACUCACUCCAUCCGGUAUGCCUCCUCAUCGUCUCAACUCAAAAGUAGGGGCUAUUGUAAUGCUGCUAAGAAAUCUUUCGAUCAGUCAAGGAUUAUGUAAUGGAACUUGCAUGAAAGUGCAAAGACUUCAUGAACAUUGUGUAGAGGCAUCAUUGGUAACAGGUUCCAAAAGAGGUCGUACAGUUAUAAUUCCCAGAAUUAAACUUAGCCCAAGUGAUGCAAAUAUUCCAUUCACACUAAACAAACUUCAGUUUCCAAAGGUGAAAUACAUUUGCCUCAACUGGUAUUUUCUCAUGGCCACUUAUAUGUUGCAUUUUCAAGAGCAUGAGCUAUGA